UGUUCUGUUGUGGUAAUUUUCCUUCUGAGGGCAAUUGUCAUCUCUCGUCCGUCACAGAUUCUGUCCAAACGCAAUGCUGUGUUUUAUGGUGGGGACUCAAUCUCCAUGUUGGACUACAUGAUCUGGCCGUGGUUUGAACGUCUGGAACCAUACCAGCUGAAGGACAUUUUGAGUCACAGCCCAAAGCUCCAACGCUGGGUGGAGGCCAUGAAGGAGGACCCUGCUGUCAAGGCUACGAUGACUGACCCAGAGACAUUCAAAGGUUUCCUCCAGGUGUAUUUGAAGAACAGCCCUGAGGCAUGUGAUUAUGGGCUCUGA